CAAACAUUGUGUGUGGUUAUCGUGGUGUGUUGUUCAAUUGCCUCAUCGGAUCAUAACACGGAGGGGAUACUAAGGAGGAAUAACUUACAAUCAUUUUUGGGAAAGUUUACUCUGUACGAUUAUCAGACGCUUUUUGAACGAAAAUGGAACUGAAAACGCGAAUCCCCUGCGGAUCUUGCAGCCGUCAAUUCUUUGCAACCUCUCUGCCAAAACAUGAAGCUUAUUGUCGAAAGCCGAGGCAAAUCACAGUCAAUAAAGCAGGUGGUGACGGGACAAAUAUAGUAAAACACACUGAGGAUUACCAAAAGAUCAUUCCGUUCCUGUCCUCAAUGAGUGACCUACUUCGGCUGGGUAAAGAAAGAAGACAGCGAUGGCGCGCGAGACACAAUGAGUUUCAAGCAAUACUGCGACAUAGUCGAGGUGAACCAAUCGGCUUUCAGGAUCCCGUAAUGAGUGCAGGCGUUGGGAGCACGACAGUCGACAAACAAACAUGUGAAUUCUGUGGCCGAUCGUUCAACGAAGCGGUUUUUCGGAAACACCUGAUCCGAUGUGAGGAGGCCCACAUUCACCUAUGGCCAAACGGCGCUAACUCACCGGGACAUGUCAAUGCAACUCGCAGAUUCAAAGCAAGGAUGAAUUAUAAACCGACACUACAACGAGGAAACCGAACACAAGUGAACGCUACAGAUUCUACAGAAGAAAUGGUAUAUUCCAGUGCGCUAUCUCAUCUGUCCAACUAUCCCACCCCCACGUCUUCCGUCACUUUGAAUGAACUGUCUAUGGAGAACUAUUCAUGCCAAAAAGGAGUUAUGGACAAGGACGUCGUUAAACCUUUGGUAGAAAGUUUGUCAUGGAACGCGGUGGAACAACUCAGCAACUGCAACCACUUGCUGGUUUAUAACCCGACGGAUAUGUCACAACAAGCUAAAAAGUUGAAAGACCGACCUGAUACAUCUACAGUCAGCAGUGGGUUGGAAGACUCGUGGGAUUCAAACAAAUUGCUUACCGUUCCGCAAGACUAUACUCUGAAACCAACUCCGGCGCAAGAUGCAGACAGUUUGCCGCACUACUCAUCGCCUUCACAGACUUCUUCACUGUCCACGGUCUCCCUUCUCAAAUUCUCCGACAAUGAACCGACGAGGCAAGAUAGGUCCAAAACAAUUGCUUCGACAGUGAGUUUGGCCCGAUGUCCAUGGUCUCCAACGGUAUCCUCGUUUGCGGAAGGCCGAUUUCAACCAGGUGAAAAAUGUAGUGUCUUGGCAAACGACUUUCCCAUCAAGCAGAUUCUUGCAAAAACUACGUUAUCUGAUGCAGAAUCGCAAACAGCAGGGAAGCGAGAUUAUUUAACAUCGUUCACAACUCACAAGAACGCCGAAAUAAACAUUGCACAUUCGGAUGUUUCGAAGCGUUCGUUGAUCCCAACAUCAACCCCGGAGAAGUUGCCAUCGGGUGCGUUUCCUGUUGGCUGCGGGGAACAAGUACUCACAAAUGCAGCGCCCAAAGCAUCCCAUUCCGUAAGUCACUGUUCAACACACGAUAACGGCUCAGGGGCAGCAGCGCAACGUCACCACCAUCAUUAUCGCUGCUCUAAACGAUACGGUAGGUUACAUCCAGUUGGUCAAGCCCAUAAGCGAUGUCAGUCACACUCCGAACAGAGCAGUAAAUAUUCUGACCUUACUGGAGACAAACAGAAACACUCUGAGUCGACAUUUCGCGUUGGAGUCGAAGGUGAUUGUGCUUUCCAGUCUGCCUGUUGUCCGGUUAACCAAACAGCAGAACUUCUUGUUGCACACGUUGUUCGAAUACCAAGUUUGAAGAGCCCAUCCACUGUCAGCCCGGGCGUCGAGAUGGUACAACAGGUUGCUGAACCUCUGCCAAAUGACCGAAAGGAUUCACCGAUAAUCUUUAAAAAAAGCAGUAUGACAAGCAAGAAACCCAAAGAAACCGCGGAACCCACGCAUACUAUUAAACUGUCCGGGGAUCCCCGCACACACUUAGAGGGAAGCAAAGCAACUCCAGCAGUACCACGUUGUCCUGUACCCAAACCAUCCAUUUUAAGAGGUGCAAGAUUUGUCUCACAGUUCAGCAAAACAGUAACAACGCCCACGGGGGAAUUACAAACUCAGGACCGAAGUGGUUCAAACAGUGAAGUCAACAGUCGGACCCACAACUCGGUGCUACAAACGUACUUGCCUGGAAUUCCCACAGCUCUGGUUCUCACCAAAGCAAUGCUCCAUCGUCCUCGUCAACAAGGCAAUACAAUAAGCGACCUUCCGAUAAAAAGUUUGCUAUCCUCCCCAGAUGCUUUGGUGGAUGAAAUAGACGGCGAUAUCGAAGAAAUGAAAGAUAGCCCCGAAACUGCGGUGACCAAACACAGUCAUGCCCCCCUGAGCUAUUGUCAUGAAUGUGGGACCAGAUACGUCGCAAAAACGGCCAAAUUCUGCUCUCAGUGUGGCGUUGUCCGUCCAGUAUCUGUUUUUGAAGAUACAAAGCAUCUGUUCAAGGGCCAGAGGCGGAAUUCGAACGAAGAUUCCUCUGUAGAUCCACUCAGUGUGAUGGACCCAUUCGAUGCUAAUUGCUGCCCUUUCCAGUGACACACAACUCUUCUCAUUAUGGUUUCACAUUUCACUCUGUCUCUGAUCACCUGAAUGCUGAUCACCAACCAACUCUCGCUUUUAGUUGGAUUUUCACUCUCGCUUACUUGUCAGAGGUAUGUUAUUUGCUGCUCACAAUUUGUUUGCAAGCACCAAAAAGAAAAGCAA